ACGCCCGAGAACAGGGCUUGGAAUCUACUCCAUUUUCUUGCUCCUCCUCCUCACAGGGACUCCGUUGGAAGCAGCCCUCUGCACAUCGCGGCGCGCGCGGGCGCGGAGCUGGGCUGCCGGCGGCUGCUGGAGGCCGGAGCGUGCGUGAACGCGGCCGACGACGUGGCGCGCACGCCCCUGCACGAGGCCGUGCGCCGAGGCCAAGCGGCCGCGUGCCGUGUGCUGCUCGCGCACGGCGCCGCCCCCGACGCCUCAGACCUCCACGGCCGCACGCCUCUGCACUACGCCGUCGCACUGCGACUACGAAACGUUGCGGAGCUGCUGGUGCUGCACGGUGCUGACGUCAAGGCGGAGGAUGUGGAGGGCAAGACGCCACUUCACGAGGCCGCGCGGGCGGGCGACGGGGCGCUGUGCGAGUGGCUGGUGGAGAAAGGGGCCAACGCCCACCAGGUGGACGAGGACGGCCGCACCGCCAUGCACGAGGCGGCGACACACGGGAGAAUCGGCGCGUGCGUGGUGUUGGCGUCGCUGGGGCUGGCGCUGCACACACGUGACCAUCGCGGGCGCUCGGCGCUCGAUCUGGCGGCGCAGGCUAGCGACGACGUGGCGCACUCGGUGCUGCGCAGGGUUCCUCGCGCCACCAGAGAAGACGAGCCACCGCCCGCGGCGUCUUCUCGCACCCCGGACGAUGCGGACUUCGAAUUUCUCUGAGUGGAGGGACCUACCUGAUUACAUUAGGGUACCUGAUUUGCCUCCACAUGAAGACAUCAAACGAAUUAUUCGAGCACAUCGAGGUAAUUGAAUGAAAGUGAGCCUAUUUAUUAGUUACUUAUCUUGUUAGAAAGAUUCCAAACUGUUGAUAUUCAAGUGCUGCACAAAAUUUGAAACAAUUUCCUUCUCAUUAGUAGAUACUUUUGCUUGUAAAGUGUAAUAAAUUGAUAUUUAUUUGCUAUAUAAUAAGUCUCCAUUUGAAGUUUGCAAGAAAAUUCUCCAUGUCCUCUGUUUUACAACAAAUCUUUUCAUAGAUUCAUUAUUGAGGCAAUUGUAAUUUAAUCAAUAAUCGAAGAACCAUUUGCGUCCUAGUUUUGAGUUUUUUAAGAAAAUAUGUCGUAAAUUUAUUUUAUACAUACAAAUAAAAUGAUAUUCAAUGUCAAUUUUUUCAGUUUUCACUUUUUUAUUUUAACUAAAAUUCAGAGAGGGAACAUCUAGUCGUUAGUAAAAAAUUCAAAAACACAGUCAAUAGAAACUUAGAAUCUUAAUUAUUACAUAAUUAUAAAUUGAUAUUGUAUUAUAUAAUAUUGAUUAUCAAGUUCGAGGAAACCGUUUAUUUUUUUCAUAAAUCAUAACAAAACAUGUAGUAUAAACAAACACAAACAAAAGUACCAAAGAUCGUCAGGAGAAAAAGUUUGGAGAAUACUGUAUAAGAAACGCAUCCUCUGCCCCAGUUCGUGUGAAAAGUCUUGAGAAUGCUGCAACGGGUAUGUCAGCCCAAGGGAACCCUAGAAUAAAAUUAUAUUACCGAAUAGAUUUACACGCUGCUUACUACCAUAUACUAAGUAUAUGCUAAAACUAGCAUCAAAUUGAUAGCCUAAUUUUCAUACCACCCUAUUUGCCGUACCUCUUUCUUUUCGUAAUUCAAUUUCAUCACUAUAAUUUCUCUGAAAGAGAGGCUAAAGGUAACUCUAAAGGUGCGGUAAGUAUAUAAGGCACACAUUUAAUACGAUUGCAAAUAUUUGAAGUACACCGUUACAUAUUUUCAACACAUGCAAUGUUACAUGCUUUUGUUUUGAAGACACCCCCAAUUUUCUGG